UGCUUGGCAGUAACUGAGGCGGCGGCGGCGCAUAGGCGCUCGCCAUGGAGUCCUACGAUGUGAUUGCGAAUCAGCCGGUGGUGAUUGAUAACGGUUCUGGCAUGAUUAAAGCUGGCUUUGCAGGUGAUCAAAUACCUAAGUACUGUUUUCCAAACUAUGUGGGCAGACCAAAACACGUCCGAGUUAUGGCUGGAGCUUUGGAAGGUGACAUUUUCAUUGGUCCAAAAGCAGAGGAACAUAGAGGCCUUCUUUCUAUACGAUACCCUAUGGAACAUGGUAUAGUGAAGGAUUGGAAUGAUAUGGAGCGCAUUUGGCAGUACGUGUAUUCAAAAGAUCAACUCCAGACAUUCUCUGAAGAACACCCUGUGCUAUUGACGGAAGCGCCACUGAAUCCGCGUAAGAACCGUGAACGAGCAGCUGAGGUUUUCUUUGAGACUUUUAAUGUGCCAGCCCUUUUCAUCUCUAUGCAAGCUGUGCUUAGUCUUUACGCAACAGGACGAACUACAGGGGUAGUGUUGGACUCUGGGGAUGGAGUUACCCAUGCAGUACCUAUCUACGAAGGUUUUGCGAUGCCCCAUUCCAUUAUGCGGAUUGACAUAGCUGGCCGUGAUGUCUCUCGUUUCCUUCGCCUCUAUCUCCGGAAGGAAGGCUAUGACUUCCAUACAUCCUCUGAAUUUGAGAUCGUCAAAACCAUAAAAGAGCGGGCUUGCUAUCUGUCAAUAAACCCACAGAAGGAUGAAACUUUAGAAACUGAAAAAGCUCAGUAUUACCUUCCUGAUGGAAGCACCAUUGAGAUUGGUCCUGCCCGAUUCCGAGCUCCUGAAUUGCUGUUCCGGCCAGACCUGAUUGGAGAAGAAUGUGAGGGAUUGCAUGAAGUACUGGUUUUUGCAAUUCAGAAGUCUGAUAUGGACUUAAGGCGAACUCUCUUUUCCAACAUUGUGCUCUCUGGAGGCUCAACACUCUUCAAAGGUUUUGGUGAUAGGCUUCUGAGUGAAGUGAAGAAACUGGCACCUAAAGAUGUCAAAAUCAGGAUAUCUGCUCCUCAAGAGAGAUUAUAUUCUACAUGGAUUGGAGGCUCCAUUCUGGCUUCACUUGACACAUUUAAGAAAAUGUGGGUUUCCAAGAAAGAAUAUGAGGAAGACAGUUCCUGGGCAAUCCACCGAAAAACCUUCUAACUCUGGGAUGUUCAGGGGUCUCCUUAGAUAUUUGUUCUUAUUCUCAACUCCCUUUUCUGAAUCUCUGAGGAGUUCCCUGUUUGUGUGUGCAUGAAUGGAUAGAUGGGUCCCAGCACACCUUGGACUUUCACAGAGCCAAAGGGGAAGCUGGCGUUUUGACUGACUUCCAACUGGUUGUGUGAGUGAAAAUGAGGCUUAAGCCACUGGAAAAAUCCAUUCCUUAUUUUUUUUUUCCCUUAGGUGACCCACAAACCUUUCAGGGGAAGGAAGGGAACCCUAUUAUAUCUCAGAAGAAACUUUGGGUAAUACAAAAGUGAGCAAGAAGAUAGAAAUAAGAAUAUAAUAAAUCAGCCAAUGUUUGGUCUAAUUCAGAAUAUACAGGCCAGGUUGGAAACUGAGCACAGAAAAUGAUGAUAAUUUAGUUCUUUUCAGUGUUCAGUAGUUAUUUUUUAGAUGGCUAAUUCAGAGCUUCCCUUUCUCCCCCCCCCCUUUUCCCUCCUCCACGUAUGCAGGGGGAAAAAAGCACAUUCUGAACUGUUACAACUCCACUGACUGCUAUGUACAUGUAUGUAUAUUCUUAGGCUGGUGUGUGUGAAUCUGAAUCACGAUAUGAUAGUUGGAGCAGUUAGUUUUAGGAACUAGUUUAUAAUGCAUGGUGUAGAUCAGAAAGACCCUUCCUUUGUUCUUUUCUAGACAGUUGGUUUUGGCAGCCUGGAAUAAAACAGCUGUCAUUUAACCAAAUUGGGAAGAUGAUUCCAAAAUGUGUUAGAUGGCCCAUUCUGUUCUUCCUCUGCCCACCCUCCCUCUUUUCCCAGACACGUCUGUCCUAAAUGUUAGUGUCGAUUCUUUUUAAAAUGCAAAGACAUCCUGUCUGUCACAACGUCUGCCCAGGGGGUCUUCAGCCAAGCUUGCUGGGAAGCCAUGUAAUUGUUUUUAGAUUUGUUUUAUUUAUUGAGAAGUUUUGGUGGUUACUGAACUACUAACUACUACUAAGAUUAGUUCCACCAUUUUCUCUGUCCUGUUACAUUAUAUUUGCUCAUUGUUUACUACUAGCACUAACAUUUUAACAAAAUAUUUGUUAAAUACUAUGAGGUCAGUCUGGCAACCCUGCCCUAUUAUUUUUGGACUUGUUGCUUCAAUGAAUGCACCACAUGAGGAAACAAUGAAUUGUAUUAGAAUAUUUGAGUUCGGUAGUAAUCUGCCGAAGGAGGUUGGCAUUCUAAAGUAACGUUAACCACUUUGGGCUGAUUUUACAUACUGCAGAAAGGGAAAUUCAUCUGCUUUGAAUUCAAUUUUGGUUUUGGUUUUUUAAAUACAUAUUUGGUGCUUAUAUUUUUUUACUUUGCUGCUGAAAACCAAAUAUUUUUGCAUUUUUAUCCACUUAAAUAUUUGAAGAUGAGGCAUCAGGAAAAAAGCCUUACAUUUACCAACAGCCAAAUAUUGGAAGAGAAACUGUAGUCAGAAGCAAAGAUUAAAGGACCUCUCCUCUCCAGAGGAGAGAAGCAGAGUGUUUGCUGCUGUAGUAUUUUACGAAUGUGAUCCUGUUGUGUUUUGGUUGAAAGCCUGUUUUCUUCUUUUUAGGUCACUGGCAUUCUCAGAAAAAGUAUACAAGACUUGAGGAGGCAAACUGGAUAUUUAGUAGCAUUUUGCCUCUGUUUCAAUGCUUAUAAGAGCAAAACCAAUAUUGGUUGAAUGGAUGGAGGAAAAUAUAGCUUCUCUUCUAACCUCAGGCAGGUUAGACUGUUAGUGAAAAUGCACAUCGUCUUAUGCAUUAUUCAGCCAUCCCAUAGUGUUAUAAAUAGUGUAAGAUCUGGGGAUACAGUUCUGCCUGUGCAAGUUUUGCUUAGUCCCCUUUUAGCGUAAGACCAGAUAUGUUUUUUAGAAGAGUCUUUGGUUAUAAUUGACUUACAAGGGAGGAAAACAAACAGACACAUCUGAAUUCAGCAAGUUAAGUUCUCUACCUGUAUAUAAAUAGCCAGUUGUAUAAUAGACGAAUGUGUGGAAUCCUUUAUAGCCAUUUCUUCUCUUAUAUAAAAAGGAUGUUUUGGGGCAGAGUGAUAAAGUUCUUUUGAUGAUAAUCAGAUUUCAGCAACGUUACCUUCAUUAAUGAAAAUCCACAGUGUAACAACAAUGAGUCUGAAGGACUUUGCCCAUUUAACAAUCCUCUUAAGACUAAAGAAAAGCAUAGAGCAUUUUCUGGUUUCUGAGUUUGUUGGGAGUAAUUGUUAAAAUACUGAAAAAAGCAUGACUGUAACUCUACACUUUGUGAGGCUCUUUUCUAAAAAAAAAAUGCUGCUCAGUUAGUUACAAACAGUUGGAUAUAAACAUCUCCUCUUUGUCUCUAGAUUUCCUGCUAGAUUUAUAGUUUUCUUACCCUGAGCGUCUAAGCUGGCAUUGCUGGGAGAUCAUAUCCUUAUUACAAAAUAACAGUCUCCUAAUUUAGUCAUUGUCUAAUUAAACCUUCCCUGAACAAGUCAUUUAGCUUGUUGUUUGAACUGAAGUUUCUGCUAUGCAUGAUUCAAAAGUUCUUUGCGUGCCUGAGCAAGAUCUUGAGAAGUUGGUCUGCUUGAUUUUAACUCUUUGCUUUCUGAACAUAGGCUCAAGCAAGUACACUAUUGUGUAGAUCAAGGCUCGAGUUGUAGAUCUGUUUUUGUACACAAGUAUACUUUUUACUGUUGGCUCUAAAUGUGUUCAGAUACAGUAGAAGCCUGGGGUGUUGACAUUAGACGAAUUUUAGAAAACUACAGCAUUAAAUGCAGGUUUAGAGGCAGUUUUAGUGGACCAGUUACAAAAAAAUAUUAUUGAGUAUUGUAUUAGCUUUUCUUUUGACAAGAUUUAUGUACAGGGUAACCUGGGAUUUCUUAUGGAAGACCACAGGAUUGGUUUUCACUGCCGGAAAGGGCAGCUAGCCCAUAUUUCUUACCUUGCACUACAGUAAUGUCACAUUUUAUUCUAGUUGCAUAGCAUUUGAAAUGUAUGUCCAGUGCAGGCUAUUACUUUGGAGGCCUUGAGUCUUGCUUGAGUUACUUGAAAACACAGAAAAUUUUAGUAUUAAUGAAAUUUGUACUGUAAUUGCAGUAAUGAAGGGAUAGUUAGAAAUAAUGGCUACAGCUUGUACUGGUAUGGAGGAUAGCAAACCAUUACUGUAAUUUAUUUCAGUUCAUGUUUAUGGCAGUAUGUAUGUGGAAACAGCAUUCCUAUGUAUAAACAAUCCCUAAUUACCUCCUUCCCUUUUAAUUCAUGGCAAUUUUUCCCCUUGACAUGAGAAGCAGUAACAUUGUAUAAACAGACAAGUGCUUUCAACAACCUAGUGCUGGUUUUAUCAGCCUGACACUAUACUUCACACAGAUGUGCAAAUCACUGGGAUAUUGCCUACUAUACAUAAAUAAAAUUAUUAAUAUACA